AGAUCAAUAGCUCAAUACCAUCGACGAUGCGGCAGCGAUAAUAACAAGACCCAAGCUUACGCAUCGUCUGAGCCACGACCGCGCUGCCGGCAGCAGACCUCUAGCUGUACAUUGCCAUGGCUCGACUCGCUCAGCUUUCCCCACAUCAGAAGCGCUAAAAGAAGCCGACGGGGUGCAGCCUGCGAGUCCAACACCAUCAAGACCGCGAAGAUCUCACACAGAGAGUUCUGCGCUCCUUCCCAUCGGCCCAUCAUGGCAAAGACGUCGGAUGUGCUCAUCCUCUUCGCUGGAGGCACCAUUGGCAUGAUCCGCGGUGAGAACGGCUAUGCUCCCUACCCCGGCUUUCUCACCGAGACGCUCCGCACCCAGGCACGCUUCCACGACGUAGACGGCUCAAGCAUCUUCUCAUGGAGCGACACGACGCGCCGUUUUGCACAGUGGGCUGAAGCGUACAGCCAGAGUCAUCCGCAGACGCGAUCCUCUUCCCCUACAACAGCAGCUAGCAGUCGGAAUGCUUCGCCUGCGCCCAGAGGUAGAGGUGGGGCAGAAACGCCGCCAUCGGCUGGUGGAGGACUACCCUUUGGCCCGCCCUUUGGCAGACCGAUGAGGGUGAGGUCCUCAAACCCCAAGGGCACCGCAAGCCGCAACGCCGUCUCGUCCAAGGUUCUGCCAGAUGGUACGCUGGACAUGCAACUUCCGUCUCUCAUCACGCCUAAGUCAUCCCACAAUCAAAGUCGCGUGCGCUACACUGUCCUCGAGUACGACCCUCUUCUUGACUCGUCUGAGAUGGGCAUCGAUGACUGGCUUCGCAUGUCGCGAGACAUCGAGCUCAACUACGCAAACUUUGACGCCUUUGUCAUUCUCCACGGCACAGACACGAUGAGCUACACAGCUUCUGCUCUCUCCUUUCUUCUCGAGAACCUAGGCAAAACCGUCAUCGUCACCGGUGCCCAGGUGCCGCUCAGCGAGCUACGCAACGACGCAGUCGAGAAUCUUCUUGGUGCCCUGCUGCUCGCAUCGAGCUUCAUCAUCCCCGAGGUGUGCCUCUUCUUCGCCUCCACGCUCUACAGAGGGAACAGGAGCAGCAAAGUCAGCAACAAUGCUCUCUCUGCCUUCGACUCGCCCAACUUGCCUCCCCUCGCAAGAGCAGGUAUCAGCAUCGACGUCAACUGGUCUCUGGUGGAGCGACCUCGCGCCGUCUCUCAGUUCCGUGCACACGACCGCAUGAGCUCAAACGUAGCGCUACUGCGGCUCUUCCCGGGCAUGCCGACGGAUACUGUACGCCGCCUGCUCAGCUCAGACAUCGAAGGGCUCUGCCUAGAGUCCUUUGGAGCAGGUAAUGCGCCUUCUCGUCCCGACCUACUUGAGGCAUUCAAGGACGCGACGGACCGUGGAGUCGUAAUCGUCAACAUCACGCAAUGCCUGCAAGGCGAGGUUUCGGCCAUUUACGCCGUGGGCGCGAAGCUGGCUGCCGUAGGCGUGGUAGCGGGCGCGGACAUGACGCCCGAAUGUGCCUUGGCUAAGCUGGCGUAUCUGCUGAGCAAGAAGGAUCUCUCGAGGGCGCAGGUGAGGGAAUUGAUGGGAAGGAGCAUCAGAGGAGAGCUCACGUCACGGGUGGCACAUGGCGCAUCUACGAGCGUGGGGCCGGCAAAGACGAACAUGUCUGAUUUGCUGGGCAGGAUCCUGCAGCGACCGAGCACGGCGACAGUGGCGGGCGGGGCGAAGGAGAGAGAUGAGGAUGAGGACGGCCUUGCGUCUUCCUCUCCGUCGUCCGAGGCAUUGGAACGAGAGAUCGCUAGCGCGGAGCUUGCGAUGCUACCCUAUCUGGUACAUCGUGCGGCGGACGCAGGAGACACUGAUGCCCUCAGCUGGCAUCUGGAAGCCCUGCAACGUCUGCAAGCAGCAGCAGCCAACGCAAAGACCGGCAGCGGUGGUUCGAUGGUCACAGCCCCCACUCCAGCUACCACGCAGCAAGGACAAGGGCAAGCGACGGUACAGCACGGCGGCUCCCAACCAGCGGCAGCGCCUUCCGCAGCAGCGAGCACGGGCGGCUCUUCCGCUACGGCAGUCAACAGCACCGGGACCUCACCGCUCGACUCAUCUCUGGCACUGCAUAUCGCUUCCACGCGCGGACAUACAGCAUGCGUCUCCCUCCUCCUCGAAGCAGGAUGCAGUGUCCACCUGCGCGAGCCGUAUGCAGGGCGUACACCGCUCUUCCUCGCCGCAUCGAAUGGGCACGUAGCCGUUGUGCGACUGCUGAAGAAGGCAGGAGCGCAUCUCAGCCCGAGGGAGAGGCAGGGAGCGAGGUUCAGAAUCAGGGAGGCGAAGGAAUUGAAGACGAAGAGAAGAGGAAGGAGCAUCGGUCCAGGUGAGAGCGAGGUCGACGCGCAAGGGAACGAGGCACAAAUGGGCGACGAGGAGAGACAGGCCUGGAGGGAGGCGGGAGUUGACGACGAUGGUGAUGAUGCAGGGGAGCUAGUUGUCGAUUCUAAGGUCACGGAGUAGAGAUGUCGUCGCUUCUGCGGAUCUCUUCAUAUCGCUCGCAAUUCAAUUGGAACAGCAUGUGGUCGGAAUCAGUCGCGUUGCUCAGUCUUUGCUCGCUACCACGAGAAGUAUGUCUUAGCAAAGAGGGCUGAAGCCCGAAUGUCUUGCUAUUACUUUGUUGGCUGAAGCCAGAGACGAG